AAGUCAUUCACUGCUUUUGACUGUCACUGCUUGUGAUCGCCUAUGAAUCACACACCUGUUUCUUGAACCUUUGUUAGGUUGCAAAAGCGCAUACUAUUCAGAUCUGUGUCAGGAGUCCACAGAGUGGGGAACACAGUUCAAAAAUGAGGCUCUAUAGUGCCUAAUACAGCCCCACAACCCUCUGGCAGGACCCGUUUGGAGUUGGGCUCAAGCAGAGAAGAUUCGGGUCUUGCAGCAUUUGCACAGAGGCUGCCAGGCCACAGAGUGAGACAUGAGAUACAAAGUAGUCCCUGUAAGGCGGGUUGGCUAUAUCUGUGGUUAGCCACCACCUAGAACCCAGAAUAUGGGACCAGGGAUGGACAGGCUGUGCCACACUUUGGGGAGUAAGUCAGGAAGGAGUCCCCUGUAGGAAGGGGAAACCCGACAGAAUUUUUAGGUACUGGAGGACACAUGCCGACGGCAGGACUUCAACCCCAGCGAAUACGAUCUGAAGUUUCAGAGGACUGUGCUCGACCUCUCUCUCCAGUGGAGAUUUGCCAACCUGCCUAACAAUGCCAAGCUGGAGAUGGUGCCUGUGUCCCGGAGCCGUGAGGGGCCUGAGAACAUGGUUCGAAUUGCGUUACAGCUGGAUGAUGGCUCCAGGUUGCAGGACACUUUCUGUUCCCGCCAGACACUCUGGGAGCUCCUCAGCCAUUUUGUACAGACCAGGGAGCGUCUGCAGCAGCUGGGGGAGAGGACCCCCGUCUGUGUGUACAUGAGGGAUGAGGUGACCGGUAGAGCUGCCCUGCAGAGCACAACGCUUCAGUCCCUGGGCCUCACGGGCGGCAGUGCCACCAUCAGGUUUGUCAUAAAGCAGUGUGACACCACGGGCAAACAGGAGCCCAUUGCAGUCAGGAGCAAGCCCCCAGGAAGUCCAACCUCCUCCAUGUCAGCUGACCAGGCAUCUAGCAGCCCCUUGCUUCCUUUGAACUCUGGGGAGUUCAGCAGGGGAGACCUGAACCAUCAGGGUGAUGCAAGCACCUCAGGGAGCAGCCUUGAGAGUGGCCCAAAGCCAGCAGAUGCUUGGACAAAGCAAAGCACAAAGGAGUCUGCAUCUGCCCCAUUUGUUCCCUUCUCUGGUGGGGGUCAGCGGCUGGGGGGCCCUUCUGGGUCCCUUCGACCUCUAACAUCAUCUGCCAAGUCACCCAAGUCUUUUUCUGGCCCUGGGGGCCCUUCCAAGCCCAAGAAGUCAAAGCCUGGUGAGGAGCCCCAGCAGGAGCCUGAACCGCCCGUUGACCGAGACCCUGUAGUGUGCCACCCUGAUCGAGAGGACUUGCUGCAGCCCUGGCCAGCAGAGGUGCCCGAUGAGUUCUUUGAAGUGACCGUGGAUGAUGUGAGGAGACGCCUGGCCCAGCUCAAGAGUGAGCGGAAGCGCCUGGAAGAAGCCCCCUUAGUGACCAAGGCCUUCAGGGAGGCUCAGAUGAAAGAAAAACUGGAACGCUACCCAAAGGUAGCACUGAGGGUCCUGUUCCCUGACCGCUACAUUCUGCAGGGCUUUUUCCGCCCUAGUGAGACAGUGGGGGACCUGCGAGACUUUGUCAGGAGCCACCUGGGGAAUCCCGAGCUCUCCUUUUACCUGUUCAUCGCUCCUCCCAAAAUGGUCCUGGAUGACCACACGCUGACUCUCUUUCAGGCAAACCUCUUCCCUGCUGCCCUUGUGCACUUUGGAGCUGAAGAACCAACAGGUCUCUACCUGGAACCCGGACUGCUAGAACACACCGUCUCCCCAUCUGCGGCUGAUGUGCUGGUGGCCAGGUGUAUGGCCCGGGCCACCGGGUCCCCACCUCUGCUGCCAGCCCCUGACCCUGUGUCCCUGGAGUCCGAACCAAUCGCUGAGGAGGGGGCAUUGGGGCCCCCGGAGCCCAUUCAAGGGGCAGCCCAGCCUGUGAGGAGAAGCCUAGGCAAAGUGCCCAAGUGGCUGAAGCUGCCAGCCGGCAAGAGGUGAGAGCUACCAGCCCAGAGAGGUCCAUCAUCAGCCACAAGACCCCACCCCACCCACCCCGAGCAGGAAUAAAGACUCGCGCUUCUCUCAA